CGAAUGGCCCAGACACAGUACCAAAUGCGCAACUCCCGGUUAGGCCCCCGGAAGGCUCCUCCCGUUCGCCGUACUGCCAGUCUACACAAAGCCAAGAAGGCCAAGUGGCGCAGAGUGGAGGAUCUGAUCAUAGACGCAAGCUACGACUCCAGUGAGAAGGACGGUCUUAUAUCAGGCGAUAUUAAAAUGGCCAGCACGAGUAUGAAGCGCAUCAGCAGUCUACCCGCCGAAGCCUACAGUCGGUCUAUUCCUGGGAUUGGCAAGGUCUUACCACGCAGUCCACUCGAACCGCAAGGGCUCAACCAUUUCUAUAGCGCAAAACCAGACGCCAAGAAAUUGGACCAGAGGUAGAAACUAAAAGCGGUCAUUAAAAAAAAUGGGAUGCGUAGUAUG